CUUCCCGCUGUAUUUAACCCACGUGUGUCCCUUGUCCCCUAGUGGGUGCGCUAACGAAUGUCGGUGAGUCUGCCGGGUGUCCCGCUGUUGUCCUUGGGUUUUAUGCCCCCCCCACACACAAAAACAUAUGAACAGAUAUGCAAUUCGAAUAAAUCUAAAUAAAUGAAAUUGAACAGAAUAUUGAGCGUCGCGGACACGCGGUGUUUGAUGGUCAUUAUCUAUGAUUGCGUUCCAGGCUCGCGUGCCAACUGUGCGUGGAUGUAUUAUGGGGUGAACCUCAGUGGGGGGCAGAUGUUUCCAGUGCGGCCCCCCCACACAUUGUAGACCCACCCACAUAGCACCCAGGCGACCAGGAGCCAUGACUAACAAUAUCUGUCUGUGUGUCCGUUUGUGUCGGAGGUUUCCCGGAGGAAUUUGUCUCGCACCGAACCCUUCUCCGCGGGACGGACCGCGCGUGCGUCUCUCCCCCCCCCCCCCCUUUGGAAAUAAGAUUAAACAAAAGACCGAGUUCGUUCGCAUGAACGGAACCGCAUCCUGACCUCAGUCGCUGCGGGAUGGCUGUGCGCUCCAGGACGGGGUACUACCGACAGGAGGUAAACCGAACCGGGUGGGAGGUUCCGGAGAGGUACCGGGACCUGAAGCAGGUCGGAACAGGAGCCUACGGGACCGUGUGUUCAGCGUGGGACCGGCGGUUGGGGGCGCAGGUGGCUAUCAAGAAACUCCAUCGGCCCUUCCAGUCCAAGCUUUUUGCAAAAAGGGCGUACAGGGAGUUGCGACUCCUCAAACACAUGAAGCACGAAAACGUCAUUGGGCUGCUGGAUGUUUUCACCGCUGAGAUCGCACUGGACCGCCUGCGUGACUUUUACCUGGUCAUGCCGUUCAUGGGCACCGACCUCGGCAAGCUGAUGAAGCUGGAGAGAUUAUCGGAGGACAGGGUGCAGUUCCUCGUCUAUCAGAUGCUCCGAGGACUCAAGUAUAUCCAUUCUGCAGGGAUCAUCCACAGGGACCUUAAACCUGGAAAUUUAGCCAUCAACCCGGACUGUGAGCUAAAGAUUCUGGAUUUUGGCCUGGCUAGGCAGGCCGAUGCCGAAAUGACCGGCUACGUCGUGACGCGCUGGUACCGGGCGCCCGAGGUUAUCCUCAACUGGAUGCGCUACACACAAACUGUGGAUAUUUGGUCGGCAGGCUGCAUCAUGGCCGAGAUGCUGCUGGGGAGGCCGCUGUUCAAAGGAAGUGAUCACCUGGAUCAGCUGCGAGAAAUCAUGAAGAUCACAGGAACACCAGCUGCUGACUUUGUUGUUAAGCUACAGAGCCAAGAUGCCAAAAACUACAUCAGAAGUCUGCCAAAAGUGCCAAAAAAGGACUUGCAGUCUGUUUUCUCCAAAGCUAGCUCAAAUGCGGUGUGCGUCCUGGAAAAGAUGCUGCUGCUGGACCCGGAGCAGAGGGCGAACGCCUCGGAGGCGCUCGACCUGCCUUUCUUCGCCGAGUUCAGAGAUACCGAGGAGGAGACCGAGGCGCAGCCCUACGAUCAGACGAUGGACAACACGGACCUGCCGCUGGAUCAGUGGAAACGUCACACGUUCACAGAGAUACUGACCUUCAGGCCGCCCAGAGACUCCAGAGAGACGUCACUUUAAGAGCACACACGUGCACAAACGCACACUUGCACCCUAAAAUAAUAAUUUUCUUGUUGACUUUGACUGUGUUUGUGUAGGAGUACGAAUAUGAUUAGUUUGUUAAAAUGUCAAUAAAUCUGAUAUGCUUAGUUGUUAAGAGGG